AUGAAGGACCAUCACAGUCUGUCUGAGAACAUGUUGACAGUCAUCAUGUUACUGAGUGUCUUCUUUCUACCAGGUGUCUUUGCUGAUCCCUGUAAUGGUAAUCAACCUGCCUUUCUCAUUAAAACACCAAAGCUCAUUGAAGGGCUGAGUGGAUCGUGUUUGCAAGUCCCAUGUAGCUUCACAAUUAAAGGUGAAGAAGACAAGUUUAACAGAGGAGAACAAACGUCUGCAGCUUGGAUUCCAAGUAAUAAGGAUAUUUUUGACAUCAGGCAGGGAGUUAAUAACCACCAAAUAAAUAUCACUGGAAACAUAAAAGAGAAAAACUGCACCACUGUGUUUUCUGAUGUAAACACAACACAAGAAACUGAAUACUUCCUCAGAGUAGAGAGUAGUGAAUACAAGGGAACAGCUUGUUCUACUCCUCUUCAGAUAACAGUUAAAGAUUCUCCCUGGAGUCCCAGCAUUAAGUUUCCCUCUGACCUGAAGGAGCAUCAGUCUGUCAUUGUAACCUGCUCAGCUUUCACUCCCUGUCCAAACUCACCUCCUGAACUCACCUGGAAUCUCCAACAAGACUCUCUCAGACACACAGAGAAAAACAGAGAUGGAACCUUUACAACUAAAAUCCAGGAGAACAUCACUCUGUUAGACACACAUGAUGGAUACAACAUCAGAUGUUCUGCCAGAUAUCCUGUGAUUGGAGGAAACAAGGCAGCAGAGACAGAAGUGACUCUCAGUGUUUCAUAUGCUCCUAAAGACACCUCAGCAUCCAUCAGUCCAUCAGGUUUGGUGUCAGCAGGUAGCUGGGUGGAGCUGAGCUGCUCCAGCAGAGCCAAACCUCCACCCACAUUCACCUGGUUCAGGAUCAGUGAACAUGGAGACAUUAAUGUGUUUGUGGGGCAGAUUUAUGGCUUCAAUGUUACUGAGGGAGAAGAGUAUUACUGUGUUGCUAAAAAUAAUCUGGGUCAUCAGAACUCAUCUGUGAUUCGAGCUACCAGUAAAGGGAACUUUUCAUUUUGGACUCCACUUUUUCUAUCAAUCAGUGUCAUUUUGCUCAUCUGUCUGGUGUUUUGUGUUUGGUUCAAGUCCAAACAUCCAACUCCACGACAGACUCAGCCUCAAACAGAGACAGAGGUUCAAAUGCCAGAUGAAAAGCCAGAUGAAGAAAUCCACUACGGUGAAGUGAACUUCCUCCCCGGGAGAGCUGAAGCCUCUGCCGUCUCAGUGCAGGACAGCGGACAGCAGGAGACGGUGUACGCUCCGGUCAAAGUGUCUGCUGAUCGUUCAGAGGAUAUCUACGCUCAUGUCAAGAAAAACUAACUGAUGUUGUUGGAUAAAAAAAAUACAUACUUUUUUUUAAAUGUCGCAAUUUAAAAGACAAAUAUCUUCAUGUUCCAUUUCACUUUUUUUUUCCCUCGUAAAAUGAUUAUGAUUCAAUUUUAGGCCUCUUGUCGUUACAUGACCUGCUAAGUUCUUUGCAUUUCACACCA